AUGGCGUCCACCACCAUGAUGAUGAAGAGCGCUGCUCACGUGCAGGAGACAGCGGACCGCUCAAAGGACACGCUCCUGUUUGCGAGCGACCAGUCCCUGUCAUACCUGACGGGAGCACUCCCUGCAGACUACGGCUUUGACCCCCUGGGCCUGUUGGACCCCGAGGGCAAGGGUGCCGGCUUUGUGUCACCGGCAUGGCUGCAGUACUCUGAGGUCAUCCACGCCAGGUGGGCCAUGCUUGGCGCGGCCGGCUGCAUCGCGCCAGAGAUCCUGGCCACAGCUGGUGUCAUCCCACAGACUCCGGAUGAGGUCAUCUGGUUCAAGAGCGGCGUCAUCCCUCCUGCAGGAGUCUACGACAAGUACUGGUUGGACCCCUACUCCCUGUUCUUCAUUGAGGUCAUCCUAGUGCAGUUCGCUGAGUUGAGGCGCUGGCAAGACUUCCGCAACCCAGGCAGCCAGGGCAAGCAGUACUUCCUGGGCCUGGAGGAGGUGCUCAAGGGCUCCGGCGACCCAUCCUACCCAGGUGGCCAGUUCUUCAACCUUUUCAACCUUGGAAAGUCAGACCUCAAGGAGCUGAAGACAAAGGAGCUGAAGAAUGGCCGGCUUGCCAUGCUUGCAGUUUUCGGAUACGGCGCACAGGCCGUCAUCACAGCAGAGGGCCCCUUCAAGAACCUCACUGACCACCUUUCAGACCCCACAGGCCACAACAUCCUCACCAACUUUGGCCACCCCGCUCUCUAG